AUGUUUUCGACCACCUCGAAUCUCCGCUUUGGAGGCGGCGCGUCCUCGGCGUUCUCGCCGACUGCCAUCUCCUGCCUAAGGUACGGCAACGAGAGCGGUAAUUCGGCAGGCGUUGCUUCCGCCCGUCACGGCAACGCUGCGGCAAGGCGCAAAGCGCACAUUGCAGGAAGCAAAGCGAGAGCCACUAGCGCCAUGAGCGGGCGCUCAGCUCGGAUUACUACACAGCGAAGUCACAGUGCCAUUGCAGAUCCGCAAGAGCGUCACGAUUCUGAGGCCAGGCCGCCACCGUCCCCUCCAAUCCAAUCAGGCGCUGCGGCACAUGUGGAAUUACACCACAAGCCCAUCUGUGUGCCAUCAAGCCCCCCAAGCCCCCCCUCCGUCAAGGCUGGCGCCAGCCAUGUCAUUCCAGACACAAUGUGGGCAUUCCCUUUACGGCAUCGCGGUAUAGAGUACAAAACAGACAGAGCUAUCUGCGGCUGA